AGGGAUAGCUUGUUUUUUGGGUUGUUGUUUUUUUUUUUUUUUCUUUUUGGUCACUCAGAAGCUGGGAACUGGGAGCAAGAUGGUCUACAUCUCGAAUGGGCAAGUGUUGGACAGCCGGAGUCAAUCCCCGUGGAGAUUAUCUUUUAUAACAGAUUUCUUCUGGGGAAUAGCCGAGUUUCUCGUUUUGUUUUUCAAAACUCUGCUACAGCAAGAUGUGAAGAAAGGAAGAGGCUAUGGAAGUUCAUCUGAUUCCAGAUAUGAUGAUGGAAGAGGGCCACCAGGGAACCCUCCCCGAAGAAUGGGUCGAAUCAGUCAUCUUCGUGGCCCCAGUCCCCCUCCAAUGGCUGGUGGAUGAGGAAGGUAA